ACAGAUCCUUCCUCCUCCCUUCCUUCACUUUACUCCUCUCUUUCUUUCCCUCCCUCCAAAAUCCCCACAAACACAACAAUCUCUCUAUAUAACCAAAAAGCCAAAAAAAAAAAUCCUCUGUACUUCAUCACUUUCCACACACACCCAAACCAGUAAAAAAAAAGAACAAAGCUUUCCUCAUCUCUUGCCAUUUCCAGCCACUAGCCAUCUCUCCAAACAUCCUGCUCUCCAAUGGGUACUUCUUAUUUCAGCCAAAAUCCCACCACACAGGGCGGGAAGAAGCAGGAGAUCACCAUCAUCAAAGAGCUCGUCCAGGGCCAGGAAUUGACUUCCCAGCUCCAGCUCCUCCUGCAAAACCAGUCCGCAAAUGGAGGAGAUCUUCAGUACUGUUACUCGCCCACCACUACUGAACUUCUUCACAAGAUCUCGAGAUCCUUCACUGACGCAAUCUCUGCUCUCAGCACCGCUGCUAAUGGCAGUAGUGGUGAUCAUGAUCAUGAGAAUCAUCAAGCUGUCUCUGUAUUCUCUCACGGGGAGCAGCAGUCGUCUGCCGGAUCCGGCCCGUUCGAGGAAGACUCCGGCGAGAGCCGGAAGAGGCCGCCGGCGGCGGCGGGGAAGAGUGGUGCCGCCGCCGGGAGGGACAACCGGGGGACGUACAAAAGAAGGAAGACUGGCCACUCCAGCGUAAUAAUCUCGCCGUCCUUUUCACAAGACGGCCAUGGUUGGAGGAAGUACGGACAGAAGGAGAUUCUCCAUGCCAAAUUCCCUAGGAGCUACUUUAGAUGCACUCACAAGCACGAGCAAGGUUGCAAAGCGACGAAGCAAGUGCAGCGGCUCGAACAGGAAGACGAGAUGUACUCCAUAACUUACCUCGGCCACCACACUUGUAAAAAUGCCCUGGCGGCGGCGGCGGCAGUUCUUCCACCGUUCGUGGAUGCUAGGGCCACCGCGGCGGCGGUAACGCCGAGUGUGAAGCAAGAGGUUUCUAAUAACAAUGAAGAGAGCAAGAGCGGGGUGACGGUUGAUAACAAUGAGGUGAUGAUUGGGAAUGAUGGGAACAUGAACAUGUGGCAGGAUUUCGUGUCGUUCGAUCUGGAAGCUGAGGAGGCGGUUAGCAACUACGGGUACGAUUAUGGUAAUUACGAUUUUCGUGGCCGUAAUGUCGCUUCUGAUUCAGCGAUUUUGGAUAUGGAUUUUUCGGUCAACGAUAUCGAUUUCGACGAUGGAUUCAGGUUUGAUUCCGAACAGAGCUGUGGGUUCUUCUAGGUUUUUUUUUGUGUAUUAGUACAAUGUGUAAUUAUUGUUGUAAGUUAAAAAGUACUGGUUUUGCAAGAGUAGCUAGCUAUAUAGGAAAGGAUGGAUGAAUGUCCCUUUUCAGUUACGUACCACCCAAGUUUCUGAAAUUUGUGCGAUGUUAGCAUAAAAUAAAUAUCUACUAUACUAUGUACGGUACCAAAAUGUGGCAGUUAUUAUAUAUAUGUGGAGAAUAUUGAAUUGAGUAUGAAGACAAAUUUUCUUUUGUGGAAAUAUGAAAUAUUGGUGGCUUUUCAA